AGACCGGCUGGAAAGCCAAUACUGCGCAUGCGUCCCGAGGAAGCUGGUUGAUGGGUGGAGGAUGGCUCCCCUCUCAGGGGCAGAAUUGGUGAAGACCCCUCUACAGUUGUACCGCUACCUGCUCCGUUGCUGCAGGGUCCUUCCUGAAAAAAACCUCCAGGAUCAUUACAAGCACACAAUCCAACAGAGUUUCAAAGUUCAUGCCGAUGAAGAUAGUCCUGAGAGGAUUCAACAGAUUAUUAAAAGGGCCAUCCAAGAUGCUGACUGGGUGAUGGACAAAUAUAAGAAACCAAAGUAAAGUAGAAACAGUUGGUGGAGAAAUGAAGAUUGUUUCUUAAAGCAAUUAGACUGAAGAAAGCAACUCGUGACAGUAGCUGGUUCAUUGGAAGAGGAGAAACUCAGUGAGAACUUCUUUGCUAUCGAAGGUCAACUUUUAAUAAAUAAGGGAUAAGCUGUCUAGAGCAAUUGAUCUUUAGUAACUGAAUUUUCUGAGCCGAAAUAACAUGGCCUCUACAGGGCUUGGAGCAGGAGUCAUCAUGAGGAUGUGUUUCCACAAGAUAUAUUCCAUGUUUCCACAGGAUUUAGAUCUCUGGUCUGUUAUCAAUCAUGGUUUAUGUUGGUAGCAUGUUGGCAGCAUGCAGGAAAAUGGAUUAAUUUUGGUCCAAGGGAUCCUCUUUCCCUGGAAGCGAUAUUAAAAUCAAGUUUUGAUUUGCCUCAACUGCUGCCGAUUUCAUUGCCUGGAUACUCUGCCAUAUAUUUCAUCCUUCCCAUUCACUUCUAUAGAAUACCCAGGGUUUGUUUUUUUAAAUGGCAGAAAUAAAUUCUCAUUUUUCUUA